GCUUCAGAUAAACAAGCCUCUUCAUAAGCAGCGCUUCCCCUUUGUGAUCUGUUGAUGGAGCCAAGAUGACUGUCAGUUCUUUAUGGAGCUUAUCUUUGCUCUUACUUGGUCCUACCCUGCCCCUAUGGACAACUGGCAUUUCCUGCAUAAAUGAAGAUGGCAAGCCGGUUGACUGGUAUAUCCUUUAUAAAUUCCCAAAGUAUGUGGGUUCUGACGUGCCUGGCAGUGGGCUAGAAUACAUGUUUAUGGAUGCUUUGGCUCCAACCUGGAAACGGAGUGAAUAUUUCAUCAACAUGACAAAGAGUGCUCUCGGGCAAACAUUACAGCAGCUCUACCAAACUUACAAAUACAAGAAGAACAAUACUGCGUAUGUGAUCUACAAUGAUGGCCCACCUAACAACAUGAAUUAUAGCUGGACUCGUGGACACUCUAAAGGGUUUCUAUUCUUGGACCAAUAUCAAGGUUUCUGGGUUAUUCACAGUAUUCCUGAGUUCCCUCCAUUUCCUGAAGACGGCUAUAGCUAUCCGCACACUGGAAAAUACAAUGGACAGACAGUGAUCUGCCUAACAUUCCGAUAUGAUCAGUUUGCAGAAAUAGACAAACAACUAUUAUGCUACAAUCCAAAUAUCUACAACUGUUCCAUCCCCAAAGCCUUCCAGCUAGAGCUCUUUAAUCUGCAAAUGAUGUGUGCAGGCUCUGAACCGCCCCCUGUCCCUUGGAAGCAACGUCUUAUCCAGCUCCAAUCCGCCCAAGGGGAAACAGUCUUCAACUUUGCCAAAACACACAGUUCCCAUGAAGAUAUCUACCUAGACUGGAUGGCUCAGAAAUUGAAAACAGAUUUUCUAAUAGAAUCCUGGCAUCACAAGGGUCAUGGCCUUUUCUCAAAUUGCUCUCUUACUUACCAUGUCUACAACAUAAAACAAAUCAAGAUACCAUGGAAUUCUUCCUUCUCCUCCUAUUAUGAUCAUUCUAAGUGGUGCGUUUCCUUGAAACCUGAAGACCGAUGGACAUGCAUUGGAGACUUAAAUUAUGCAGCCCAACAGGCUAAGAGAAGUGGUGGUUUUGUUUGUACUCAGAAUCAGUUUAUUUACAAAGCUUUUAGGUCUUUGGUUCUCCAAUAUUACGAUUGUGAUCCCUCAUGUGUUUACACAUAGGUCAUGCAGUACAGAUGUCUCACCCCUAUGUCAUUCUAGUCAAUUCCCAUUUUCUUUUCUUUCUUUUUUAAAAACAAAUAUUUCCAGUUUUCCUCUCUUUCUCUCCAACAUUCAUGCUCCAACAGAUCAUACUUUAUUUUCUUGCUCCUGUGAAUACUCUGUGCCAAAGAGGUUGUCUUCUAUAAAAUCAGAUGGUAUGCAGUAGGCAUGAUUUAGGUAAUUGGUUGUUAGUGUAAAAUUGGAGUGCUACUAUUAACACAGAAUGUGGGAUUGCACAUAAUUUGGUUUUGUUUUUAAAGCAGAUACACAGCAGUGACUACAAGUACAACCUUUAUUUCUUUCAGGUCAUUUUGCUAUUGUAAGUUCUUUACUUCUGAAUGUCUGAUAUGAAAUAACCUAUUUGACAAUUAUAUAAAACCAGUUUGAAGAUGUUUCCUGCAAAUAUAUGCUUAUCUUUAAAAGUUACCUGUAGGAAAAGGGCUCUAAGAAGGAGAAUACUGUUUUAAAUGCAAUUUUAAAUCCGUUUCUCAUAAACACUCAUGAAAGGCCCAAUCUGAAUAUGUAUUAAAGGGGAAUAUGGUAAAAAUUCAUGAAGAAAUAGUAAGAUAUUUCAGGAAGCAUCUUCUUCUAUAGACCAUAUAGCACUAAGACUUAUUCAUCUAGUCCAGCUGCAUGUUCUGUUUAUCAACAUAUAUAAGAACACCAUCAAGCGGAAGCGAAACAUUCAGUGGUAGCCCCUGACCUAUGAAGUUUUUCCCCUCUCUUCAGUGGUGAUCAAACUGGCUCCUUUUUGUAUUAAAAAAAAACACCCUCUGCUUUUGGUUGUAACUUUGUUGUUUGACCUUAUUUGAUAAGGUAAUUGUGGUCCUCCAGAUGUUGUUAUACCAAAAGUCCCAUAAACCUAGCUAACAU